AUGAAGCUGCACCGACGCCACAUCUACCCUCUGCAGAUGCCAGCCAGUAUCUCGAAUCUACGAGCGUCACCUUCGCCGCCAUCAUCACCUGACCGAGAGGCCAUACCUGAUGAGAAGACUUCCCCAAUUGAGCAUCACAAACGCGAUUCUCCUGUAGGAAGUGUCAAGACCUUGCGGCGUACCAUGUAUCCACUGCAAUCGCCAGCCAGUAUUGUGGACCUGAAGAAUCCUGCCACACCGCAAUCGAAAAUUCCGAACGAUGAUGCUGUAGAUCCCAAUAGUGGCAUCUCCACCACAUUGUCGGGGCAGAGUCAAAUCCUGCACAGUAGCAAGGCACUUCGCCGUCAUGUAUAUCCCUUGCAGUCACCGGCCAGCAUGGCUGACUUGAACCGUCCUCUAACACCGCAGUCGUUGGAAACAAAGAACGAUUCAAGGCGUGGGCAGAGCGAGUCUACAGACAACAUCGAAUCUCGGCCUAUAGCCAUCGAGCGUGGCGCCGCCCGUCGUCAGGGCUAUCCUCUUCAAUCACCGGCAAGCACUGCGAACCUAAAGCGACCAGCAAUUGAGCUGCCCUCGGUGACAGAGACCAACUUCGCGAAGACCGAUAAGCAGCGUCCUGUGAAUACGCCCGAAGACCAGACCGCAGAUGGUCCCCAGUCACACCGCCGCCACGGCUAUCCUCUCCAGUCAAAGGCCAGCGUUCCCGCGCUACACGUCUCACCGGCGUCACCAUCGGAGGAUAACCUGGACCCGCAAGGCCCAGCGCAGGUGCUAAGUGAGCAAUCGAGAAAUGAGGAUCUAGCUCGCAAGGCUGUCGGGCUGUGGCGCCGACAGGUCUACCCGCUACAGUCACCUGAGAACGGGCCGCCGUUCCAGAGAGCACCAACCCCACAGCCGCCCGAAGAGGAGUCCAAGAAGGAGACCAACACCGGUCCCAUCCACCUGCCAAAGAAUAUUCGUGCUGUCAAAGACAGCUCGUCCUCCGAGCACAAUUCCGGCCGCACCAUCAUUGUCUGUUUGGACGGCACUGGCGACAAGUUUGACAAUGACAACAGCAACAUCGUCCAUCUCAUCAGCGCUCUUAAGAAAGACGACCCGCGUCAAGUGUCGUACUAUCAGGCAGGAAUUGGCACUUACAACAAGGGCGGCCUGAACACCGGCUUCUCAGCCGCACUCGACAUGGCCGUAGGGUCAGAGCUGGGCCUUCAUGUCCGAGACGCAUACCACUUCUUAAUGCAUAGCUACAAAGAAGGUGACCGGAUCUGCAUCUUUGGCUUCUCUCGAGGCGCGUACACCGCUCGCUGCUUGGCCGGCAUGGUUCACAAGGUCGGGCUGCUCCCACCUCGCAACAUCCAGCAAAUCCCAUUUGCGUAUGAGUUCUACGCGGACGAUACCCGAGAGGGCUGGCGGCAAAGCCGGCUCUUUAAAGCCGCUUUCUGUAUCGACAUCAAUGUAUACUAUCUGGGAUGUUUCGACAGCGUUGCCAGUGUGGGCUUCAUCCCUCGACGAUUGCCAUUGAGCACCACUCCGACCAACAAAGCACGGUACUUCCGGCACGCCAUGGCUCUCGAUGAACGGCGCGCCAAGUUUAAGGUCUGCCGUUAUGAAACCAGAGACCUGGACGACAUUCUGGAGCCUGACUCGCCGCAGAAUCAGCCUCCGACCUCCCAGGACGAGAACAGCGUGUCACCACGGUGGGCAAUCGACAAGAAAUACGGCGCCGACUACCACCCCAACGUCACGGACGAAGAGUACGAAAUCCUCCGCGAGCAAGAAGCCCCCUUCGAGACGGACGUCUACGAAGUCUGGUUCGCCGGCUGCCACUCAGACGUGGGCGGCGGCGCCGUCGCCAACGACGAGCGACACAAACUCGCUCAGAUCCCGCUCCGCUGGAUGAUCCGGCAGUGCUUCGAAUGCGACACGGGCAUCAUCUUCAAGACCAAGAAACUCGCCGAAUUCGGCCUCGACAUCCACACGCUCUGGCCGCGCUACUCGCGCCUCCCCACGCCAGACCACGGACCCCCACCCUCCUUCCUCGAGAAGUACGAAUCAAACUUACCGCCCAAGGCGAUCCGCCGCGGCAAACUCGUGCCCAUCGACCGCUACGACGCACAGGGCGAGCGCCUGUACCACCUCAAGAGCCAGACCGACGAGGACUGGACGCCCGAGCAGACCGAAGACUUCUACGACGCCAUGCAGGACCUGAACGACCAGCUGGAGAAGAGCCCGCGCUGGUGGAUCCUCGAGGCCUGGCCCGUCGAGUACAAAGUCCCCGUCGCGCCGGGCAAGGUCGUCAAAGUCACGGGCAUGAAUCUGGGGCGCUAUCGGGGCGUGGACGACUAUGAGCCGAAUUUGCAUUGGACGGCGGCGCAUCGCGAGAGGCAUCGGAGUUAUAAGAUCAAUGCGAGGACGGCGCCGAGGACGAGGUGGAAGAUCGUGGCGUGA